AUGUUUCCUGCUUGUUCCGGUGAUUCUUCUCUCAUGCUGCUAGCAGGGGAAAUGGAUGCAUUCACCUGUGGCUGCUGGCGCGCCCUCACAAACUUCUCCCCCAACUCGAACCACUGUUCCUCAUCCAACGGCUCUCAGCUCUCCUCAUCCAACGGCUCCCCAAUAAGCAACCACGGUUGCUGCUUCCAGGAAACGGACCUGGACCAGGACCGGAUCUCCCUCCCUCCCCUCCGCAAGAUCUCUCACAGCAACGCAUCUGGACCGUUGAACGCUCCAUCUGGAUCGCCAUCAACGGCGUGUGGUUCACCUGCUGGGUCACACGGAAAGGUGGCGCUGAAAUCCCUGCACGGCGCUCCUGCUGGGAGCCUGGCUGUGCGACUGGCUGAGUUGAUGGCGGGGAUUGGAUCGCCUGAAGAGAUGGCUCGCUUGUGGCUCGAAGUGAUGCAAGAGGUGCGGGAUCGGUGGGAAGAGGGAAUCGCCAUCCCACACGUGUACGCAGAGAGGGAGGGUCCGGACGGGGGGGUGUGUGGCGUGCUGCAGCAUUGGCAGGUGCUCAACUGCGCCGUGGCCAGGAAGCGAUGGCGCAAGGCACGAAUCAGCAGCAACAUUCAGAGGCACCUGCAGCACUCCCACCUGCACCAGCCAAACUCCUUCCCCUUCUUCUCGGAAACGGCUGCUGGGGAUUUCGGGAGGUUUGAACCGACGCUGUGCAAGACGUGUGGGAGUUACAAUCUGUCGGAAGUGCUGCUGGAAGUACCGCUGCAAUCACCACUGGAAUCACCGGUGCACUCGCCGCCAGGCGGAUCGCCCAGGCGUUUCGUCGAGGGGAACGGACGUGUGCUGGGUGAGAAGCACGGCUCCUGCUCCUGGGCCUGCUUCCCGGAUCCAGCUGGGACUGGGACUGGCACCGCAACAGGAAAAAAUCUUGAGCUGACUCGGACUGAGAAUCCUUUCACAGGGCUGACAGGGGAAGGUUGUGAUGGUGGUGGUGAGGCGGGAGAAAUGCGGCUGCUGGUGGCAGGGGCGCGCAUGUGCGAGCCGGAGGUGCAGGAUGGGCCGCUGAUCACCAGCGUGUAUCUCGCAGAGCUGGAGGAGGCCAUCAUGCACACCGGCAGCCUCAACAUCGCUCACAAGCGGCUCUUCUCCGACAUGCAGGCGUUCAAGGCUGCGAAUCCCGGUUGCAUUCUGGAGGACUUUGUGCGAUGGUACUCGCCAGCUGAUUGGUCGAGUGACGCACCUUCCACCAGAAUGGGAGGAGUGGGAGGGCAUGCGGGAGGCGCGGGAGGGGAGGAUAGCGAGUCUACUGGCUCGAAUGACGAAGAGGGAUGUGUGCAAGGAAAGGGAGAGCGCAGCAAGACUGGAUACCUGAGCACACGCAUGUCAGGGCCAGCGCUUCAGGUGGCUCCCUCUGUGCGAGAGAGCAGCAGCAAGGCCCGGUUGGACGAUGCUGUGAACACAACCACCAUCCUCCCUUGUCUCUCUGUUUGCCACCUUCCCAGGUGUCUGUGGGCUGCUCUGCAGCGCUUCAAGUGGCUCCCUUUGUGCGAGAGAGCAGCAGCAAGGCCACAUUGGAAGAUUCUGUGA